AUGGCUCUCCCAAAUGCUUUAUUGUCAACUUCAGACCUACCUGAUGGACUACGGCUGACAUCGCAAGAUCCCGUCGCCGAUGCCUUCAUGACGGACGAGAGACACCACUAUCAAGAAGUACCGACCGGUGCAGAGGCUAUUGUUGAGGUUCCCCAGGAGAUCCAUCAUAAACUGGACGCCGCUGCGGAUUGUGACGAUAGCAAGAAUGAUAACAGUGUUCUCUUUCUCCGGCAGUUGAUCGUCCUGUCCGUGGUGGUGGCCGUGGCAAGCGCCGGCUACCUGGGCGCCCCCGCCGUCUACGCCCCCGGCGCACCUCUGGCUGCCCGAGGAUACGCCGCCCCCGCCUACGCCGCCCCCAUCGCUCGUUACGCCGCCCCCGUCGCUAGGGCUUACGCCGCCCCCGUAGCCAGGGCCUACGCCCCAGCUGUCGCUGCCGCCCCCGCCGCCGUGGAGUACGAUCCGCACCCCGAGUACAGCUUCGCCUACAACGUCCAGGACGCCCACACUGGUGACUCCAAGACGCAGCACGAGAGCCGCAGCGGAGACGUCGUCCAGGGCAGCUACAGCCUGGCCGAACCCGACGGCUCCAUCCGCGUCGUCGACUACACGGCUGACCCCGUCAACGGCUUCAACGCCAUCGUGCACAAGGAGGCCGGCGCCCACCCCGCCGUAGCCGCCCCCGUGGCCGUCGCCCACGCCCCCGUGGCCGUCGCCGCCCCCGCCAGGGCUUACGCCGCUCCCAUCGCCAGGGCUGCCUACGCCGCCCCCCUCGCUAGGGCCGCCUACGCUCCCGCCCUGGCCUACGGCGGCGCCUACCAUGGUUAA